AUGUUCGCUCCCUCCCUCCUCUGGCCCCUCACACUCCCCUCUAACCUACCCCCCUUCAACCCUCUGUCCCCUCUAAACCCCUCCCUUUUUGGAGCACAGGUGAACGAGAUGGCAACGAAGAGCCAUCCGAAUCUGGUGAGGCUGCUGGGGUACUGCAUGGACUACGACCCGGUGGCGGAGCGCAUGGAGCAGAUCGUCAUCUAUGAGUUCGUUGACAACGGCGACCUCGACCGCUGGAUCGGACCCACGCGCAAGGCCAUCUACAAUGCGGAUGCACAUCAGAUCAACCUCAAGCAGUGGGUGGCUCCGCUGCUAGCCGCCGGCGACGUGGCAGCGAUAAAGGACCCGCAGCUGGAGGCGUCGGACGACUUGGUGCUGCGCAUGGCCCGCCUCGCCCUGCGCUGCACCGCCAUGCCCACGGCCUCGCGCCCCUCCAUCAGCCGCGUGCUCGGCGAGCUGCUGGUCAUGAAGGAGGAGUUUCUCGGGCAGGAGGAGGACCGCAUGGCGGCGCGCAUUGACCGCGAGCUCGAGAGCUCCGAGAAUGUCAACCUCAGCAUGGAGAUUGCGCGCGCUCAGGGGGCGAGGAGCAGCGGAGGAAUCUCGAGCAACGCAUGA